AUGUCUGCGCGUGGCGACGAGCAGGAACAUGGUGAGCUUGAAGGGCGUGGUGGUGGAAAGCGCAACAACGCGAAGGCGGCGGCGGCGGCCAAGGGCAGUCCCUCGGGGAGGCUCUCGGAGGACGUGGCUGGUGGCGACGAGCAGGAACAUGGCGAGCUUGAAGGGCGUAGUGGUGGAAAGCGAAACAACGCGAAGGCGGCGGCGGCAAAGGGCAGUCCCUCGGGGAGGCUCUCGCAGGAGGUGGCUGGUGGCGACGAGCAGGAACAUGGCGAGCUUGAAGGGCGUGGUGGUGGAAAGCGCAACAACGAGAAGGCGGCGGCGGCGGCCAAGGGCAGUCCCUCGGGGAGGCUCUCGCUGGAUGUGGCUGGUGGCGACGAGCAGGCGCUGCCCAGGCCCGUUAUAGAAGGGCUAGCAGAGCAGCGAGGUGGUGGCGGUAUCGAUCAGGAUGAGGACAAGCCUGCAGCAGUGACUGCUGGGAAAGAACAUGGACGUGAAGCUGUGAUUCCGUACAAACGACGCAAUGCUGUGGACUCGGCCGGUCGCGACCGAAAUGCGAGACAAGCUCGACAAGGGACGAAACAGUAUGUUUCGAGCUCGUCGGGUUCGGAGGAGGGAUCCAGCGACAGUGAGUCAGGCAGCUCAUCCGGGAGUGAGGAAGUAUACGAGGACGAGGAGGAGGAGGAAGAGGAAGAGGAGGAUGAGGAGUUGGAGCCGGAGAGCGAGGAUGAGGAGGAGGCUCGGCCUUUGAAGAGGAGGGGUGUGCGGAAGACCAAGAAGGGCAAUGGAAAGCGAAAAUCGGAGACAGGACGGGUGAAGAGCUAUAAGCACAGUGUGCGUCGUGCCAAACCACAUGGCAAGCGCCAGAGACCUCGAUUCGAAGCUAAAAUUGUGGGUGUGCGUAGCAAGGAGAAGCGGGAGUUGGAUUUUUACGAGUCCAUGGGGCUACGAUGUCCAUCAAGCCCUCAUGAUCGGAAAGCCACCGACACGUAUGCUGCGUUACGCGAGCAGAUGGAUUCCUCUGGGAAGGGAGAUCCGAUCGCUUGGGGGUCAGCGCGGUUUGGCAGGGAAGUGACGGACCCGCAUGCAAAGCUUUCGGGGGGUCACGCGGUUCAGGUGAAAAUCGAGGGAGCAACGAAGCGGCACGAACCCUCGGCCGCCGCAGCAGCCAAUGACGGUGUGGGAGGAGGUGUGUGGGCGAAUUCCUUGGGUGAAUGUGGCGGCGGUGUGGAAGGCUCCAUGUGGGAUGUACGGGAUAGCAGGGGAGAAGGAGGAGACUUGAAAAUGGAUCCGGCGACUAAGGAGGGGAGGGGCGAGAGCAUGGGCACACCUGGCGCAUCCAGUCGGCCCAAUGUGGCUGGCGGCAAGACGGUGGAGCAGCUCAUGCGGGAGCUUGCCCAACGGGAUCGCGAAAUUGCGGCACUCAAGGCAAGGCCAGGAGCCAAAGGACCUGUCAAACCCUGCACCCCUCCGUCUAGGCCUCCUCCUAUUGCGUCUCUGUCGAGCGGCCCAUCUGCAGUGGGCCUCGAUCCAGGCGUGGCGCCAGAAAGCCCAUCGACGGUAGACGUACCGGUCCGACGAACGCGUGGGAUGCCCAAGCCCAAGCUGCUGAAGAGCCCCUCUAAACGGUGCUGCUGGUCUGGUGUGGGUGGCAUGCGGCGCAGAGAUAGCAGCAGCCCUCUCUGUCAUCCCCACGUGCCCAAUCCCUUCUUUCCGCUUGCUCCUCCCCCCCCCUCUCUAUCCCACCCCUCUCCCUCCUCUUCUAGAGCCCCUCUAAACGGUGCUGCUGGUCUGAGCCCCUCUAAACGGUGCUGCUGGUCUGGUGUGGGUGGCAUGCGGCGCAGAGAUAGCAGCAGCCCUCUCUGUCAUCCCCACGCGCCCAAUCUCUUCUUUCCGCUUGCUCCUCCCCCCCCCUCUCUAUCCCACCCCUCUCCCUCCUCUUCCAGAGCCCCUCUAAACGGUGCUGCUUGUCUGGUGUGGGUGGCAUACGGCGCAGAGAUAGCAGCAGCACUCUCUGUCAUCCCCACCUGCCCAAUCCCUUCUUUCCGCUUGCUCCUCCCCCCCCUCUCUAUCCCACCCCUCUCCCUCCUCUUCCAGAGCCCCUCUAAACGAGCCCCUCUAAACGGUGCUGCUGGUCUGGGUGUGGGUGGCAUGCGGCGCAGAGAUAGCAGCAGCCCUCUCUGUCAUCCCCACGUGCCCAAUCCCUUCUUUCCGCUUGCUCCUCCCCCCCCCCCUCUCUAUCCCACCCCUCUCCCUCCUCUUCCAGAGCCCCUCUAA